AUGCGACGAAACGACAACAGAUCGAAAAAGCAUCGGGACCCGAGGGAUUUGCUCUCCAAGGAUAGACUAAAAGAACUGGAGAGAAAAAGAAGGGAAUGGAGAAUUGAACAGGAACGACGUCGAGAGCACGAGAAACGUAAAGCGAAAAUGAUCCAAGAGUGGGAGGCAAGAAGAGCUCGAGAAUUAGAAGUAAAGAAGCAACGAAGACGAUCAAAAUCACGAUCAAGAUCAGCGUCACCCACAGGCAGCAGACGAAGUGAUAGAAGUAAAUCUGCAGAAAAAGGAAGAACUCAUUCCAGCAGCGGCGUUCCUGUCAUGUCUGAGAAGUGUGAUACUUCGUCGUCGAAUAAUACUCCACUGUUUAAGGGCAGUGAGGGUAAUAAAAUUAGUGUUAGUGAACAUCAAAAAAUUACAGUUAAUAUUCAUCGAAACCUUUCAAAAGCUGAAGAGACAUCUGAGUUGUUGAGGAAUAUUACUAGCCCUGAUGAAAUCAUCCUCAAACGAACAGCAGCUAACAAAAGUUUAAUCGUGUUCUUAUUCAUUCUUUGA